GCGCGCGCCGCGUCACAAUGGAGCCGCUCGGAGGCGGUGAGCCGGGCUGUGCCGGGGCUUCCCGCUGAGCCCGCGGCCGCCUGCAGCCCAAGAUCGGGCGCCCGGCCGCUGCCCAGCCCGGGAGAGGAGCGCCGGCGCCCGGGACCGGGGACGCGCAGGAAUUCCUCACAUUGAAACUAAUUGCAGUUUCCAGUUGACCAGCAUUCAUAGGAACCAUUACCCCUCUACAGUUUUGAAUAGGAAAUUGCCAAAAGAAUGAAGACAAACUCAGAGAUGGUGUGUCUAAGAAACUUCAAAAGAUGUAGACCUCCUGACUGAAGCAUAGCUGAUAUAUUUGAUUCAUUUUUUUCCAUUAUAUUUCUGUACUCAUACAAAGAAAAGUCAUGAUUACAUUAACAGAACUAAAAUGUUUAGCAGACGCUCAAUCAUCUUAUCACAUCUUAAAACCAUGGUGGGAUGUCUUCUGGUAUUACAUCACCCUCAUCAUGCUGUUGGUGGCCGUGCUGGCUGGAGCUCUCCAGCUUACGCAGAGCAGGGUUCUAUGCUGUCUUCCAUGCAAAGUGGGAUUCGACAAUCACUGCACCGUGCCUUGGGACAUCCUAAAAGCCAGCAUGAACACAACCUCUAAUUCUGGGACCCCACUUCCGCUCCCCCUCCGAAUCCAGAAUGACCUCCACCGGCAGCAGUACUCCUACAUUGAUGCUGUCUGUUAUGAGAAGCAGCUCCAUUGGUUUGCAAAAUUCUUCCCCUACCUGGUGCUCUUGCACACUCUUAUCUUUGCGGCCUGCAGCAACUUUUGGCUUCACUACCCCAGUACCAGUUCCAGGCUGGAGCAUUUUGUGGCCAUCCUUCAUAAGUGCUUCGAUUCUCCAUGGACCACUCGGGCCCUGUCAGAAACAGUGGCAGAGCAGUCAGUGAGGCCCCUGAAACUCUCCAAGUCCAAGACUUUGCUUUCAACCUCAGGGUAUUCAGCUGAUAUUGAUUCCAGCAAGCAGUCAUUGCCCUACCCACAGCCAGCCCUAGAGUCAGCUGGCAUAGAAAGCCCAACUUCCAGUGUCCUGGACAAGAAAGAGGGUGAACAGGCCAAAGCCAUCUUUGAAAAAGUGAAAAGAUUCCGAAUGCAUGUGGAGCAGAAGGACAUCAUCUAUCGGGUAUAUCUGAAGCAGAUUAUAGUCAAAGUCAUUUUGUUUGUCUUCAUCAUAACUUAUGUUCCAUAUUUUUUAACCUACAUCACUCUUGAAAUUGACUGUUCAGUUGAUGUGCAGGCUUUUACAGGAUAUAAGCGCUACCAGUGUGUCUACUCCUUGGCAGAAAUAUUUAAGGUCCUGGCUUCAUUUUAUGUCAUUUUGGUAAUACUUUAUGGUCUCACCUCCUCCUACAGCUUGUGGUGGAUGCUGAGGAGUUCCCUGAAGCAAUAUUCCUUUGAAGCACUAAGAGAAAAAAGCAACUACAGUGAUAUCCCAGAUGUCAAGAAUGAUUUUGCCUUCAUCCUUCAUCUGGCUGAUCAGUAUGAUCCUCUUUAUUCCAAACGCUUUUCCAUAUUCCUGUCAGAGGUCAGCGAGAACAAACUGAAACAGAUCAACCUCAACAAUGAAUGGACAGUUGAGAAACUGAAAAGUAAGCUUGUGAAAAACUCCCAGGACAAGAUAGAACUGCAUCUUUUUAUGCUCAGUGGUCUUCCUGACAAUGUGUUUGAGUUAACAGAAAUGGAAGUGCUAAGCCUGGAACUUAUCCCCGAGGUUAAGCUGCCCUCUGCAGUCUCGCAGCUGAUCAAUCUCAAGGAGCUUCAUGUGUACCACUCGUCCCUAGUGGUAGAUCACCCUGCACUGGCCUUCCUAGAGGAGAAUUUAAAAAUUCUCCGUCUGAAAUUCACUGAAAUGGGAAAAAUCCCACGCUGGGUAUUUCAUCUGAAAAAUCUCAAGGAACUUUAUCUGUCAGGCUGUGUUCUCCCUGAGCAGCAGUUGAGUACCAUGCAGUUAGAGGCCUUUCAGGACUUGAAAAACCUGAGGACCCUCUACCUGAAAAGCAGCCUGUCCAGGAUCCCCCAAGUUGUUACAGACCUCUUACCUUCACUGCAGAAACUAUCCCUUGAUAACGAGGGCAGCAAACUGGUUGUGUUGAACAACUUGAAAAAGAUGGUCAAUCUGAAAAGUCUAGAACUGAUUAGCUGUGACCUGGAACGAAUUCCACACUCUAUUUUCAGCCUGAACAAUUUGCAUGAGUUAGAUCUAAAGGAAAAUAACCUGAAAACUGUGGAAGAGAUCAUUAGCUUUCAGCAUCUUCAGAAUCUCUCCUGCUUAAAGUUGUGGCACAAUAACAUUGCUUAUAUUCCUGCCCAGAUUGGGGCAUUAUCUAACCUAGAGCAACUCUUUUUGGAUCAUAAUAAUAUUGAGAAUCUACCCUUGCAGCUUUUUCUAUGCACCAAAUUACACUGUUUGGAUCUAAGCUAUAACCACCUGACCUUCAUUCCAGAAGAAAUCCAGUAUCUGAGUAACUUGCAGUACUUUGCCAUGACCAACAACAAUAUCGAGACACUUCCAGAUGGGCUGUUUCAGUGCAAGAAGCUGCAGUGUUUGCUUUUGGGGAGAAAUAGCCUGACUGAGCUGUCCCCUCAUGUGGGUGAGCUGUCGAACCUCACUCAUCUGGAGCUCAUUGGGAAUUACCUGGAAACGUUGCCUCCAGAGCUGGAAGGGUGUCAGGCUUUGAAACGCAGCUGUCUGAUUGUGGAGGACAGUUUGCUCAGUACGCUUCCUGUCCCUGUGACUGAACGUUUGCAGACAUGCUUAGAUAAAUGUUGACCUAAAGAUCAGAGAACCAUGUCUCAAGAGCGUUUUUGAAAUUAUGUCCCAGGGCUUUAAAGGAGAAGUAAUUUCUUAAGUUAUAAAAAUGAAAAAUGGGUGAUGAUUAUUAUCUACCAAAUAUCUUACUAAAGCAAUUCAGUGUCUAUCCUGAAGUUAAAUAGGUAAACGUGUUAAAACUGAACUAGAAUCUUGUAACUGAUCUUUAAUUUAUUAAGAUAUUAUAAGAAGUAUACAUUGAAGGUGGAUUGAGAGGCAUGAAAUUAUUAAAUCUUUACCUUGCAAUUUUUACCCUUAAGAUUUUAAGUUUCUUUUGUUCUUUCUCCCCUAGUCCCUCUUACUUAUUUGCACACUUGCUUUUACUGACUUCCUGUUUUGAUAUUUAUCACUGAGAUCACAACUCAUCAGUAUAAAUUUCCUUAUGUAUGCUCUGUGAUUUAUGUUCUUACAUGUUUUUAGGCAGGGUGUAUCAUGCUUGGCAGAAUUCCUUUUGGCUUAAUUUUUAAUUCCCUUCCCGGCUUGCUUGAGUCUCCCUUAAUCUGGUUUUCUUUGAACAGCAAUGAGGAACCCUGAGAAAAUGCCUACCUUUGGCCUUUUCUUGGACAGGGUAAUUAAGAUUUGUCAUUUUGGGGGCAUUCUAAAAAUCAGUGUAUUCUCAAAAUUUUCUUCUUGUCUAUUAUCAUCAAAGCCUUUUUUAUCUGUUAAGAAUUUUUAUAUGAACUAUAAAACAAAUAUUUUCUACUGUGUGAUCUUGAAUUCUACAUCUGUGAAAAUAAUUUUUGUAAGAUUCAGAGAACCUCACAUUUCUUUAAGAACUUACGAUACUUGGUUUGGUCUGUUUAUGAUUCUCUUGUUUGUGUGCAUUCUGCACCAAAAUGUUUUUGUACUCUGCAACUGAUUACUUUUGGAUAAUAAAAGGCAUAUGCUUUAUGCCCUAUAAUAUUUGGGGGUUUCCUUGUGAGAGAAUGGCCGCAUUGUCUCCCCCUUCUUCCUGCUGCUGUGCAAUCGUAUGAGUACAAUUUUUUUUUUUUUUUUUUUGUGAAACGGUCUCACUAUGUAUUUCAGACUGGCCUUGAACUCACUGUGUAGCCAGGCUGCUCAGACUCGUGGGGAUCCUGCUACCUCAGCCUCCCAAGUGUUGAGAUUUCAAGCAUGCACCACCACACUCAGCCUGCAAUUCUUAAUUACUUACAAAACCUGUGAUGGAGAGGAGAGCGACAGAUUUGGAUUUUAGAAUUAAUUUUAAAAUACUUUGUAGAAAUUUAAUGUUAAAGCAAAAUGCAUUUUUCCCUCCAUCUGCAUUAUCUCAAGAUAUAAUAUAGAACACUCAGCAUCUAUUCAGUAUCUAAGAUGAGCUUUCAGAGCUCACAUAAAAAUGAAUCCACUGAACUGAAAUUCAUCUCAUGCCUUUAAUUCUCCUGGAAUACAUUUUGCUUCUCUUCAUAAAGAGCUUUGUGUUUGGCCUUUUAUCAUCAUGCACAUUGUUAAAUGAAUAAAACUGACACACUCACUUUUGGGAAAUGUGCAUUUUUAGUGUGUUUUUCUCUAAUGGGUCUAGGCCUUAUGAUGCCACCUCAUUUUGGAUGUAACUAUAAAGUAAUCUAUUAACUGCACCUGCACAAAACUGGAAAACAUUAUGGGUAAAGAGCACUGUAAACAUGGAACUGUGGUGUGUGGUAUAUGUUUUCUCUUGCUUUGUUCCAGGAAGAUGAAAGUAAGUGUUUAGAGCAGUGGUAGUGAGCCUAUGGCACGCAUGCCACAGCUGGCUAUCAUCAUUGAAAGCUCUAACAGGUUCGCCAUCACUGGAGAGUAUGGGAAAUGUAGCUUCUCUCACCUGGCACACAUCCCUGGACUGAAGUUCAGAGAAAAGUUAUUCACAUCAAAUGAAAUUUGAGUACUAGCUACAAAGAAUAUAGAACACCAAAAGUUGCCUAACCCAUUAUUGUGUAUUCUGAAUGGGAAAGAAUGGUAUAAAAAUUUGCUUCUUACCAAAACUUGCCUUUAAUCAGAACAUUUACAUUCUCAGGGACCCAGGGAUAACUGAUGUAGCUCUCUUUCAGGACUUCACAAAACAGAUUCUGACUCUAUCCAGGGUUUUAUUAUUCUCAUUUUCUAAAGUGUGAGUUGAUAGUUACUUUAGUGCUUCUUAUGGUAGGGCCAUCAUGUGUACUGAUUCCAAUGUCUGGAUUCUUUUAAGUUUUGGACAUGAGUGUAAAACAUGGAGAGAUGUUUAAAUGUUUUUGGCCACAUAAUUACACAUAACAUGUAUGAGAAACCCUACCUUCUUCUACAGGAAGAAUUUUCAAAACAAAAUUCAGAUUUGCUACCAUUCACCAAACAAACUAGAACUUCUCCAUGGCUAAGCACUGGUUCUAUUCAAGUGCAGAUAAAUCUUAUCACCCAUGAAAAUUCACGGAGCAAUUUGCUAACAAGAUGAAUAAUGAAUAUGUAAGCUGCUUCUCACACACUAGGGUGCAAACUGUGUUGCUUUUGAUGCCACAGCUUUUCAGUGUCUUUGUUAUUGAAAUCCUGUACACCCAUGUUUAUGUAGGUUUUGACACAACCCAGCACUGAUGCAAUGAACAGAGAUACUAUUGUCUGAUGUACAAAAAUGUGGUGUCGAUAGCGCAUUUACUACUACUGUUGGAACAGAUCUUUAUUUUAAAGGUGUUCAUAUUCACUUAAAAUAAUUUUACAUUAAGAAAAUGAAGUUUGCUAAAUUAUAAUCAUGCAUUUGAGUUCCAAGAAUGUAUUUUCCAAAAACUUAAUGUAGAAGAUUAAAAAACAAAGUUUAUGGCUUAUGCAGGGAGUGGCAUUGGUUUAUUUCAUUUGCACACACACACAGACACACAUAUUCCAUGUAUGAAAACUGUAACAUCAGUUUCCUAUAUUUAGUAUUUUUCCAAAAUGGCAGGAGGUCAUAGGGUAAAAUUAAGGAUACCAAUCUUUCUAAAUUCAUUACUUAUAAUCAUGGUGUAUUCUAUCCCCUUAUAAGAAAUCAAAUACUAGGGGGCCAGGGAUUUAGCUCAGUGGUUCCGCUGCCUGCCUUGCAAGCGCAAGGACCAGGGUUCGAUCCCUGGUACCAAAAAAAAAGAAAUCAAAUACUCAACCUUAGUUUGAGAGUGUAAGUGUUUUUGAGCAUUCCUGAAAAGUUGUAGCAUUCUUUCCCUAAUAUACAUCAGGGUACAUCUGUGUGGAACAGAGGUACUGUAUUUUCAUUUUUCACCCUCAGUCCUAACUUUUUUCCCCUGCAUGUCACCACAGUUCACCAUCACUCAACAUUUAUGUUAUGUAAAGCAGAGUGAAUGAGAUCUUCGGCAUCUCAGUGUUGUGGCAGAGCUCUGACAGGCGUAUUGUGGUGUGCAACAGUGAUUUUUCUGCAUAACCUUAUUUCCUAAUGAAAUAUUUGUUUUUCAAGUGUUUCAUGAUUCAAACUAUAUAUGGUUAAUUAAAACAUUGCAUAAUGUUGAUGGGUUUAUUAAAAUAAUCAAUUUUAUUCUGUGGACUUGACAGUAUUUCCUUGUGUAUUUCAAUAAAAUUGUCUUUCCGCCUUUA